GGCGUGAUGACUUCUACGACAGCAGUUCCGUCAAAAUGUUGCCUGAGAUAAGAUUAGCGAAGCCCAUGUGAUGGUCAUUUAAUGAAGAACAAAGGGCGAAAUGUUAAACAACUAUGCAGAGAGUGGGGGUGGAUUCAACAGCAACCAUGGGCAAACAUCACGAACAACAGAGGGAGCUGCCAAGCAGCAUAACAUCGGCUCAACCUGGAGUAGCUACAACUCCCAGCUAGAGGGGAUGUACUACGGUAGUGGAGAGCAGGCAAUGUUCAUGGGGCCGUACGAUGGAAGUACCAAGCAUGCCAACUACCCCCAGUACCCUCACCAGCCGGUACCCACCCCCAUGGUCAAAUGUCAAGAAGCAUGCUGCCAACACUUCCAAGACAGAUAUCCCCUCAACCCGGCUCCCUUGAGGUAUCAGCCGACACAACCCAGAUAUGAUGACUCGAGGCAGUACUUCACAGACAGGAGGUCUAUGCAACCGACUCUGUCGAGGAAGAAGGCUUAUCCCACUGAUAACAGUUUUGCAGGCAUUCCAGACAGGCAUUAUUCCCAGUUCAUGAGUCGUGGUCAGUUCAUGCCCGACAGUAGGCAGCAGAUGCAGCAGAUGAUGAGGUCUCAGUAUCCCAUGUAUCCACCGUACUGGGGCAGUACUAGGAGCUACGGUCCCAGGAUGAACUGUCCCCCACCACCUUACCAUCAGUCUGUCAGUCAAGGAGCUCAGCUUCAAGCGGGACUGAAGAUGACAGAUCCUCACUACAUGGACGCAACACAGAAGUCGUUAGGUACUCAACGCCACAGAAUGGUCGGUUCUAGUGGUGGGUCCGAGAUAAUUAGACCUGUCCCGGAACCGAAAAGGUCCGUUUUGGAUCCGAACCUGCAAAGUUGUUACGAGUUUGGGUACCCAGGAGGUUUUGUACCUUUCGGUGAGGUCAAUAAGAUUCAAGGAACAGGUGUUUCACAAAAUGGCACCUCUUGUAAAAUACCGAGUGACAAGCAGUAUCAUCCCCACCAAAUGCAGUAUGCCAUGCAAGGAAGUGACAGAAGUAUGAUGAAUUGCAGCAACCCCAUUAAUGAACUCAGUUACUCUAUGAAUUUCGCUCUUCCCACUGGAGAUCCGUAUAUUAGAGCUGGGUUAGACGACGGGCAGUCCAUUUCUGACUCACGCAAGGCGAACCUUCAAUAUGAUUCUUCAUUGGGGAAGAAAAGACCAGACUUGGACCUUCGCCAAUAUUUAGCCACAUGGGAGGAUGACGAGGAAGAAGGAACGAGGUUGUCAGAACCAUUGGCUUUAGGAAACAGUGGAGCACCUUAUAUUGUGGUUGACUGCAGAUCACUUGAAGGUGAGGCUGCUGCCAAAAUACAAGAAAGAUUCAAAACCUCCCAAAACUGUAGCUCAAAAUCUAGAAGUAGUAGUCCUAGUAAUGAACGAAAACGUAUUGAUGAAUCAAAUAGAUCAAAUGAAAAUCCUGAGAAUUCUACUUUGUCAGCAGAAUUUCAAAAUCAACCCUCAUUUGCACCUUCAAUGCCAAACCUUCUAAAUGACAAUGACAAAGGAGUCAGUUUUUGGAAUGGGGCCGAGAGAGAUGGUGAAGGGAUAUCUGGAAAGAACAGUGCAUUUCAACCGUUAGAUUGCUCAAAAAGAGAUAAUAAUGUAGAACAUAGCAAAAAUGAUCCUCAGACUCACAGUGAGUUGCCAACAAACAAAGUUCCCAGUACUGAAACUGGCAGUAUGUCCUUUGAUAACCUUGUUUCUUACUACGGAGAUACCAGGCGAAUCAGUGAUGGUGCCUAUGAUUUUGUAGAAAUGACUGAAAGACUAGUUAAUAACACAGACAAGUCAGCUGUGAAUAGUCAUCAAGUUCCACCUGCAAUGACUCGACCUUGCGAUCCAAGGCUUCAGCAAUCACAAAUGGGAAACAACCCCUCAAUAUACAAUAAAGUUACACCGAGAUACUCUGCAGGUAACUUCCAACAUUACAAGCCUCCAGUACAUCCAGAUCCUUAUUAUAAUUUUAAACACCCGAUAAACCCAAACAAGUACCUACCGUAUGACAACACUCAAAUCCUGGAUCCAAACUAUGAUUAUCAUAAACUCACUUCGGAUUUUGACCCUGCCAGAUUGUAUUCAAAUAAAGACUUAACUAAAGAUCCGAGGAGGUUAUUUCAUCAAGAACUGGACAAAGCUGCUGAAAGUGCAUUUUUAGAUCCAGUCCGUAAAGCACAACUCAAUGAUUGUUACCAAGAAAAGGUUCACUGUGAAUUUCCCAACGGAGAUCCUAAUACCUUCAUGCCUCCAUUAAUGGUUAAAAAAUCAGAUCUAAUUGGCAGAGAUAAACUAUAUUCUGAUAAGAACCAUUCAAUUAGAGAAAGAAUGGACGUCAUAAACAAUGAAAAUCAAAACCCUGCAGAAAAGACUGUACUGAUAACCUCUCAGAAUGGACCACCUGAAAUCUUUAGGGUUCCAUUUCCUCCUGAAAAAAAAUCUUCUCACAAGGACAAUGUGGUGACCCUUCAUUCCGGCGACCAAACAAAAAGCAACACUAUAACAGUAGAAGUUCCCUACGUCCAACAGUACUCAACAUUGGUCGAACUAUCUGAAGAAAUAAGUAGAGUAGAAAAUGGAGAUGGAAAAAACAAAUCUAAACCAGACGUACUAGUUCCCAGCAAAUCAACAAACGACGAAGCAAAGAAACCCACCAGUUUUAAAUUGAAGAGGCUCCCUAACAGUAAGGAAUGGGCAGUUGAAAACAAAGCCCUCCUUAAUUCUAAAACACAAGUUGCACCUGAAAGCAACACAGGAGAUUCAGAAAGCACUCCAAGAUGUGAAGUGUCAGGGGAAAAAGACUGUUUGAAUCCACCUCUAACAAGUAGCAACCUGAAUAUGCCAUCUUUAGAUGACUUUAGAGAAGAAGAAAACUGCGAUUCUCUUGCAGAGAACCUUUCUAAAAAUAAAGUUAAUGAACCUUCUGAUGUUGGAAACAAGGUAUGUAGUUCCAAUGUGGAUGACUCUAACAAAGGUAAUAAAUACAAUGCUCAACCACCACAAAUGGCAAUAGUACAACCUAUGAAAUUAAAUAAAUGUGAUGUAAAUCAAAUAGAAUCCAACCAAAGCUGCAAACUGUCCAUAAAUGAUAGUCAUGAUAAUCAACUGGACAAACCUAAUGGAUCUAUUGGCCAAAACCAAAAUAGUUUUGAUCCAGAAAAAUUAAUUACCAGUACCAGUUCUAAUUUAGAACUGAUGUCUGAAGAUAUUUCAAAACAUGAAAACUUUAGAACUCACAAAAAAAUUCAAAGCUUCCCUGCAAGAAUCCCAACAUGCCUACCUUCUCCUAGUGAGGAGUUUUUGCACUCUCAGGAAAUGGGAAGCCAUAAGGAAACCUAUUCUCCUUUUCACGUGUAUUCAGAUUGUGACAUGAACUCACAGAUAAAUGAUUUUUUCAAGAUCGAUGAUAGAAAUACUUCAAACAACAAAGACUUGAACAACCGAAUGCCAUCAUCUCCAAGUGUAGAAGGAAUGUUUGAGGACAUAAACCACUCUAAUGUAAAUAAUCUAUACCAAACUAAAACUUGUGAUUUUCCAGACUUGUCAGAUUCAAAUAUAAACUCCCAUGAUACACAUUUUCAGUCAUUUUCAACAAUUUUUUCUGAUAAUAUUGACAGAAGCGAGAGAGCAGAUGGAUCCAUCCUUCAAAUGAAUGAUAAAAAAUGUCUCAAAAACAUCCUAGAUACAAACAAUGAGGUGUUCAAUAAAACAGAUGACCAUUUGAAUGACGGAAAAUCAGAUGAUUCCAAAAAGUCACCUCCUAUGCCACCAAUUAGCUUAAAGCUGAAAUUGAACGAAUCAAAGAAAAUGUGGUGUAUAGCAAACAAAAAUCAAAAUUUAAAUGAGCAAAUGGAUAACUGUACAGAAAAACUUUCAGAUGGAUCCAGAAAUAUAAGCCAUGAAACUCUUGAUAUCGAUGCUGCUAAUGAACUUGAAAAGGAUUUAGCUCAAGCUAUAGAUGAGGAAAAGAGAAGGUCAUCGGCAAACUAUUUUAGAGAGGCUCAGACAUUUUCAGAAAUAAAUCAACUAUUGUCAAGUGAAACUAAUAGUGAAUGUACCUCACAUCUUCCAAUACAUAACGGUGUUAUUCUGGCAGAAAGCAUUUUCACGGAGCAAUCCUCACAAUGUUCAAAAGCUAUUUUGAUUAACAAAAAAGUUUCUGAAGAAAACGAAAACAAAUGUCGUACAAUAACAAAAUAUUUUCCAAAAAAUAAGAUUUUUGAAAAAUUGAACUUGUAUUGUGGACUUAAAACUACACUGGGCAAAACCUUAGUGUUUGAUCAAUACGGAACUCAUUUCCCUGUAAUCACUGAGGAAGCAAAUUUGAUUGCCAAAGACAUAAUCAACGAUUUGAUUUCAAAAUCCAUCACAGACCGAUGUAAAACAGUAAGAAACAAUGUUGCUCAUGUUGCGCCUUUCACUGAAAAUCCUUCUGAUGCUGAUAGUUGUGAAGUGGAUUCUACAAGUAGUUGCGCCCUUAAUUUAAGUACUUCUAAGUCUGUCAUGGAACACAAAUCUUCGCCGGUUGUAGAAGAAAAAGAAAGUAUUGUGAAGACAACUGAGCUUUUCAUCCAGAAUGAAAAGAAAUAUUAUCAAAUUAAUUCUGUAAUAAAACUAGUCCCGUCUGCAAACAAUAUUGUAGCUCAUCUGAGGAGACCAGCUAGGUCUAUAUUUUCUCCUAUGUCGGAUCAUGGAAAGGAAGAUGAUGAACCCAUUGAGGUUGCCCAAAUUGUGUCUAGUCAAGGGGAAAACCUACUAAACUUCGAAGAUUUGCAGUCUCCUUGUAAUUCAAACAAGAUUGGCUGUUUUGAUUUGGUAAAUGACAGUGAAAACAUGGAUGUUGAUUUGAGUGCUAAAUGUGAAAUAAGUUGUAAUGCUGACCAGACUCCUUCAGUUGAUGAAAACAAAAUCUCAAAAAAUGAAAGCAAGGCAAUAUUUUCUAUUGAAGAUUUAGUUAAUAAUAAAGUUGAAAAUCAUGCUGCCGACCAACAUAGCACGGAAAUAGAUGAUGCUCUUGAAUUAAUGGGACUAUCAAAUGUAAAAUCUGUCCAAGAAGUAGGUGAUCAUACCGAAUGUUCUAACGUUUUGGCUGAAAACAACCUACAUUAUCUUCAGGAAUCAUCAGAAAAUGAAACUUGCCUCGAAGAUCAGCUUUCACCAUUAGCAGAUUCCCAACAAUCAGGGGCAAAUUCCCUAAAUCUGAAACAAUCUUCGAACAACAAAGAGUCCACCAAUUUUACUGAUAAACUAACACCAUUAAUUGAAAAUGACAAUUCUAAUAAUUUGGAGAAACCAUGCAAAAGUAAAGACGUCCUUCCAUCAACUGCUAACGAAAGUAACACUGGAGUAUUGUGUAGUAUUGAAAAGGACAUUGAAAGAUCCGAUGAAGAAAAUGCAGUUGAAGACAAAGAGUCUCGACUUGAAACUUCUGUAAUAGUAAGGAAUGAAACAUUUAAUUACUUUUCUUCGAAAAAUGAUCAUGAGCUUUUCCAAAAUAGUCAUCCCCACUAUCAAGGAUCAUUCAGAAACUACUCAGAAUCAGUUGUGAACGUCAGAAAUAUUAUAAAUGAGGUAAUAAAUUAUGCUGUCACAAAAAACAUAGACCAAAGACAACAUUAUUUGGAAAAUCCUUUAAAAAAUGAAGCAAUGAACAUCUGUAAAGGUAUGUUUUCUGUGGAAGAAGCCAGUUCUCCAAUGAGUUUGGAGAGCGAAAUGAAUUCAACAGAGAAGAUGGCAACAGUAGAAAAAUGCUUAUCUGGUUUUAAAAAUGGUGAUAGAAUGUUCCAAACCCCAAUACUGCCUUCGAUGCAUAGCAAAACAUCAGUGAUAACAUCAAGAAAUCUACUUCCCUUAGAUUUAUCAACAGAAAAAGCUAUUUGCAAUAAUUUUCACAAGAAAGAUUCUUAUUGUGCUAGCGAGUGUAUAUAUGUUAAUGCAGAAGAACCCAGCUCAGGCAUAAAAACCAAUGGAUUUAGUUAUUUCCAUGACUUUAAAACAAGAAAAUGGCAAAGGUUUCAUAAAUUAUGUUCCAAAAAAGAAAAUGUAGAGGGAACUCAAACCUUCAAAUCAGGGCAUCAAGAAACAAAGGAAAUAGCCUCAGUUACUCGUCUGUGUAAAAUUCCAAUGAGGCCUAUGCUAAAUGAAAAUUCAUGUGCAAUUGAAAGUGCAGCUAGUGACUGUAGUGAUCAUGAAUCGACAGAACCGCUUGCUUCACCUGAUGAUCCCUUGUGCUCUAGCUCUGAAGUUAAGGAUGAGUUACCUACAAAAUACAACUUAAAGCGAAAACUUUCCAAAGAAAAAUCAGUAAAACCAAAAAAUGUAAAUUUAAAAUUAUGCAAGUCAGGAGACAUAAAUUCAGUUGUUCCAGUUGAGAGUAGGUCCACUGUGAAAGUAGGAGGUGAAACUCCUAAUGAAAAUGAAGAAGAAGAUGGUUCGACCCCUUUGAAAGACAAGGUUUGUUUUUUUAACCAAAAAGAAUCAGUUUUUUUAAGAAGAGACUCACUAAAAAUAUUAGAAAGAGAAGCAGUUUUAAGAGAAAUCUUUUCUCCGGAACCUGAAAGUGAUUAUACUGAAAGUAAAGAAAAUGCUUAUCCAGGAAUUUUCAAUCAACACAAACCAGAAAACUCUAAACUUCAGUACUGUGAAAAUGUUGACACUAAUGAUGAUCUCAGUUCUUCAGUGAACGACUCCACCAAUUUUAAAGGUUUUUCUGAAUCAUCAGUUCAAGAAGUAAGCAAUCAAAAUAGUGGGGUGUAUUCUCCACCCAGCAAAACAGAGAUUGCUCAAUCAGAGCAAAAUGAAAUAAGUGUGUCCUCAUCUAUUGAAUUGCAACCUCAUAAAAACAAUAUUUUAGUUGAUUCUCCAAGUGAAAUGGAUGAUUCUUUUAAAGAGAACUUAAGAGAGAAUAGUAAACCAGCUCUUCAGAAACCAGCUUUGCCAGAAACUGAAUCAAAUGAUAAUCAACCCAGCUUUCUUUCUACAAAAUUGAACAACUUUAAUUACCUAUUGAACAGAAGCGUUGAAGAAUCUGCUCAUGACCAAAAAUCGAAAGGAAAGACAGAAGAUAACCAAUCAACCUCAUCUUCUGAAGAUUUAAAUCUGUUGCGAACAGUACACAAUAGCCCUUUGAAUAAUGAAAGCCAUCCAAUGUCACCAGAAGAAAACUCCUUUUUAUGUCAAGAUAGAGAUAUACUUUCUCCUAACCAUGAGGAUGUAUCCAACGAAUCUACAAUUAGCUGUACAGAUAUGACCAGUGAUAACGUAUCUUGUAAUGAUUCCAACACCAAUGACAUUUCAACAAAGGAUGCGCCAAACGAAGAUACUAAUGCAACUUUGCUGGUUACUGGAAAGGAUGUUUUGUUCUCGACAACUCAACCAGUAGAUGAUCAAGAUGAUGAAGCUCUAAACAACAAUGUAAGCCACAAAGAAACUUACAACAGUGACAUGUCAUUUGAUGAUGGUGUUGACGAUGAUCAGACACAUAACAUAACACAGAGUCAAAAUGAAAAGAUUACUUCUGUCCACGAUUCAUUAAGAAACAAUCAACAUUUAAACAAGGAAACUUUCCCAUUACAGUGUUUAGUUGAAGCUGCCCUUGCUCUAGAACAUGUUGGUUCAAAACAAAUGUUACUUAAUAAUUCCAAUUUUCCAGGACUUUAUUCUCAGUCAGAUGAAGGCUUUGUGGAAUCACCUCUUAGUGAGAGCCCAUCUCAUGAAUCUCUCGAUUAUUCAACAAAAACUAAUACUGCUGAUGAAAUUCUUGACAGAAAAAAGAUCAAAAAUAAUCACCCUAUAGUUGAUGGAGACUCGUUUUCAAAAUUUGAAGAGACUCACUACAACUUGAGGGAUUCGACUAGAAUCGUAACAUCUAGUAGCUGUAAUAUUAUUCCCUACCCAAAAAGAAAAUAUCGUUUUAAAUCUGUGAAAUCCUCUUGUGCUACACAUGAGAUGAAACAGAGAGAAACCGAUACAGUUGUAAAUGACAAAAUUAAAUCUAAAAAGCGAAAAAGUGUGUUCGCAUAUCCCCGCACUAAAAGGCGUAAAAGAAAUACAAAAGAUAAACCAAAAACUUCAGAUGUUUUACCUGAACCAAUCACUCAGGAUGCUACUGAAGUUGAUUCAAAUACCCACCACUAUGAUGAAUCAAUACAAAAUGAUUACAAUAGAGAAGACAGCUUACAAAAUCAUUGUGAAAAUAUCGAGCCUUGUCUGAACACAGGAACCAACACUAUGAACUGUUCAAAUAAUACUUCAGAUUACAAAACGAGUUCUCAAUUGACAAACGAUAGUAGUCAUUUGACAGAUGAUGAAUCAAAAAAUAAUUUUGGUGGUCCGCUGUUGAUAGCUAACGAAGAUACAACAGCUCAAGGAAAUAUAUUUUGUGUACAUGUUGACUCCGAAAAGAUUGAUGAUUAUGUUGGUGGAUUAGGGAUCCUCUCAGAUACCAAUCAUUCGUUGUUUAAAGAAAGUACGGAUGGUAUUGAAAGUGAAAUACCAAAUGUGUCUUUGGAUAAUAGCACAAGUUUAGUCAUCAUCAUUGAGGAUUUAGAUGAAAACGCUGGUAAAAUGCAAUUUGAUAAUGGCAAAAGUGAGUCAGAUGUAAUGUUGGGAUCAGUCAGGGAUGCUGAUUGUGCUGAUGUUUUGACAACCGAACUAUCAGUCAAUGAAUCUUGUAUAUGUCCACCUGACAUUGGAUUGAAAAAUGCUUGUGAAAAUGAACUUAAAUCUAAACUUUUGUUCGGAAGAAGUGAAGAACUUCUUACUACUAACUGCUAUGAAGAAAUUAAUGAAAAUCUCAUUAAUGAUAUUGGGAACUGGCCUUUUGUGGAAGAGGAGGUAGCAGAGUUUGACGAUAGAUCUGAAUUUCCUAAUAAAAUCCCCGAAGAAGGAAGAAAAAUUGAACUUAAAUGUAGCUUACCUUGGAAAAAAAUAUUUAAUAUAUCCAAGAAUAUUUCACAAAAACAAGAAAAGAAAAACAAGAAGAAAACUAAGGCUUCAAAAAAAUCUGGUUUGGAAUUGGGACCAGCCAAUGUUGAAGUUAGAUUAAAAGCGCCAUCAGCUGAAUGGAAAGUUAUCAGUGACUAUCAUGAGAAUUCUUCGCCAGUUGUCAAAGUCAGCCGUCUUAUUCUGCAGAGAGAGUCAGACAAUAGCAGCAGUAGUUAUUCAGAAAAAGAUAGUGAAGAAGAAAAUGAAAAUAGGAAAUCGUCUGUUGAACACAUUGAUGGGAAAUCAACGUUGAGUGUUGACUCUUAUCUGACUGAAAAUAUAUCACAAAAUGAAAACUGGCAACCGAUUGUUGUGUUGAAAAGAAAUAAAGAGUUAGACGAGUUGACCUCAAGACUCCAAUCACAAACAUUCACAUCUCUUUCCAAUUCACAGUCAAGUUCCAGUGAUGACAGCAAAGAUGAAGAAUCCUCAGAACACUCUGAUACUGAUGUGAGUGAUGGCAAUCCAUGCUCCAUGUCAAGGGAAAGUUCACCAUUUAGUGAUUCGUUUGAUAAUAAUUUAAUAUCAAACUCUUCAAAGAAGUAUUGUUUAAACAAAUUCUAUGAAACAAAUGAAAAUGAUAGGGUACCAUAUGAGAAGUAUUCACCCACUGGCUGUAGCAACUCGUUGGCAAAUGAGAAGAUCUAUAGUCCAAGUAAUCCUCAUUUCAGUCCUGGAGAAGUGUAUCCAGAUUCUGAUAUGAAUUCCAACCCAGAAAGUGUUGAUAAAGUGUCAUCAAACCUUGAAAAUGGUGAUGAUGAUGUUUUUAUUGACGAGAAAUCAUCAACCAACAUUUUGGAUCAGGUUACUGAGGAGAGCAAAAUUGUAGAUAGCAAUCAUUCAGACAGUUGUGACAAGGAUAAUUUGAACAAGGAAAGUAACACUACUGACAUUUCAAAGCCACUAAUUGAAGUUGAAAUCCUUCCCCAAAGAGAUGAAUUUGAAACUGUUGCUGAGUCACCAACUGGAAGAAAAUCCCCUGAUGAUUGUUUAUCUGAAACAAUUGACCCACCACCUUCAAAAUUUAUGAAUUCAGAAGACGAAUCACCAAGCACACCUCUGGAUUACAAGUCUUCAGUUUUUUCCAACUCCUCAAACUCAUCUUGUGAAGUCAACAACACUGAAUCGUCAAGAGAAUUCCACUACGACCAAACAAAGAAAACCAGGAGAAAAAUGCCCAAAAAUUUCUUUGUCAGGAAAAAAAUAAGGCGAAAUAGAAACACAGCUGUGGGCAGUGAUACAUCUUCUCAAGACCUUGUAGUUACAAGUGCUCCUUCAGAAACUGAAACUGUCGUAGAAAAUACAACUAUCCCCUCCUCUCUUGCUCAAAAUGAAAUUAACCGUCGGAAUAACUACUUAAGUGGAGAUAAUCAAAGUGAUUUGUCUGUUACCUGUGAUACCUCUCGUUUAAAUUGUGUUUAUGAUUUAGAACAUUCUUCACCCAUAAGGUUAAAUGAAAACCCAGGUUCGUCUUUACCUGAAAAGUCUGAAGAUAAAAGCACUUUGAGGAAUUGUGGUCGAGGCUUGAAGAGGCCUGGAAAGGGCCACUUCAGAGAAGAUACCAAACGGAGACGGACCAGGAAUCUUUCCACCACCUGCCGGGACUGUGAUGUCACUUUUAAGAAUAAGGAAGAGCUGACUCGUCACAAUGCGUACAGACACGCACGCCGCAGGGAGCUUCACCACUGCCUACUUUGUCAGAGAAGCUUCUCAUCAGCCGCCCGCCACAGCCUUCAUGUUCAGGGCCGGUCACACCGCCACCUAGAGUUGACGCAGAGACACACGAUGCACACUAUCCACCGCCUGGUGGCGGGUCACGACUGUCCUGCGAUCCCUCCCCUGACCCGGGCGGAACUGAGGGCUUUGCAGUGGAGACCCAACCAACCCGGCUACACACAUGUCUACCACGACACCACGCCACUACACACUGUCCUGCGGGAACGGAGUUCAGAUUUGAGUGAAGAUACAGUCUUGUCAGGAGAUAAGAUAGGAGACGACUGAAAUGCAGUAAUUCUAGUUCCUCAGACCAACCAAAGACACGCUCAAUGCUGAAGGGACCAAAGUCCUCGACUUGUUUGUACAGUUACAAAGUUUUAUCGUUUGUUAUCACUGUGUUUACCACAAGUGUGCUUAUAAAGCAGGUUUGGCUCAUCCGACAUCAUAGCUUAUACGUGUGUUUUAGACUGUCUUGUAAAUAUGUAUAUUUUUUAUAUAUUUUAUUACAUUACCGCAUAAAGUCAUGAAGUAUCCACCUGAGAUCAGGCCUUACCAAAAGAUGCCUCAAUUGUACAGAUUUAUUUAUGUUUUCAAAAUGAGAAAUAAUAUAUUAGAAAAUGUUUACGUUUGUAAAUUUUUAAGAGAUAUCUCGGCGUUUACAUUUUACCAGUAUGUAUUUGUGUGAUAAUGUACAAUCGUUCCUCACUUAGAAACCAAAAUAUUUGCCGGUUAGUGCAAUUUGUAUAUUAAGUGUGCCUGGUUCGGAGAUGAAUUACUCAUCUAAGUCAAGGAAAGACAAUGUUUUAAUUUGUUUACAUCUUUAUUAAGGUGUGUUACAAUUCAAAGCUUGCUUGCAUGUAUGAAUAUUUUAAACAUUUUGUUCAAAUGUUUGUUGUUUAUAGUCUAUUUUAUGUUAUCGUAAAGAAUUGAUUUAUUUUUGUUUUCUAGGUUAUAUAAUUUAUAGUAUUUUCAUAGAAAAGAGUAUAUUUAGUCGCAUGUUAUGUCAAACAAAAACAAUAUCCUUUAUCUGUUGAUUAUAGUUUGAACAUAUACAGUGUGGUAGAAAAGUCCCGAAAUGGUUAAAUAUA